AGCCCACUCGCUGCUCGACACAACACAAACGCCAUCUUUGGCUGACGGGGAAACUACUGAAGCAGAGUUGUGAAGCGAAACUAGGUCAGGCGCUCGGAAAACGAUAAUACGGCUGGAAAAUUAGCUUUAUGAACUUUUAGUCAGUGCUCGCUAACUUCCCGACACACCGUGCAAUCCCAUGGUCCAAUGUGUUUAAUUUGUUGGCUAGCUAGAACGCAGUUUUCUUGUGUCGGUCCCGGUUGACGUGAUCGCCUUUUCUGCCAAACAGCCGACGGGGGUGAAAUCCAGGAUGAAACGAGGUCUUCAAGGGAAUGAGCAAGAAGAUGGAGGUGGCACCAGCAGUGGGCCCCAGGAGACUCUUAAACGGUCCCGCAAGCAGAGGAGGGAGAAAGAUAUGGAGGGGGAGGGAGUCCGCUGGGAGUGUCUGCCACAGGAGAUCCUGCUCCACAUUUUCCAGUACCUACCUCUACUGGAUAGGGCUUACGCUUCUCAGGUAUGCCGGGGAUGGAACCAGGCUUUUCACAUGCCUGAGCUGUGGCGGUGCUUUGAGUUCGAAUUGAACCAGCCAGCCAGCUCCUACCUGAAGGCCACACACCCAGACCUCAUUAAACAGAUAAUCAAAAGGCACGCCAACCACCUGCAGUAUGUCAGCUUCAAGGUGGACAGCAGCAGAGAGUCGGCAGAGGCAGCGUGCGACAUCCUCUCUCAGCUCGUGAAUUGUUCUUUGAAAACAUUGGGGCUCAUCUCCACAGCCAGGCCCAGCUUCAUGGAGCUGCCCAAGUCUCACUUCAUCUCAGCUCUGACGGUGGUUUUUGUCAACUCCAAAUCCCUGUCCUCCCUGAAGAUUGAUGACACACCUGUGGACGACCCCUCGCUUAAAGUCCUGGUGGCCAAUAACAGUGACACUCUCAAACUGCUGAAAAUGAGCAGUUGCCCUCAUGUUUCACCUGCAGGCAUCCUGUGUGUGGCUGAUCAGUGCCACGGCCUGAGAGAACUGGCUCUCAACUACCAUUUGCUGAGUGAUGAACUUCUCAUCGCCCUCUCCUCGGAGAAGCAUGUUCACCUCGAGCACCUUCGCAUCGAUGUGAUUAGUGACAAUCCCGGCCAACAGUUCCACACCAUCAAGAAGAGCAGCUGGGACGCCAUGGUGCGGCACUCUCCUAAAUUUAAUCUGGUCAUGUACUUCUUCCUCUAUGAGGACGAGUUUGGACCUUUCUUCCGCGAUGAAAUCCCUGUAACGCAUCUGUACUUUGGCCGCUCUGUCAGCAAAGACGUGCUGGGCCGCGUCGGGCUCACCUGUCCGCGUCUGGUCGAGCUGGUGGUGUGCGCCAACGGACUGCGGCCUCUGGAUGAAGAGCUGAUUCGCAUCGCCCAACGCUGCACUCAGCUGUCGGCCAUCGGCUUGGGAGAGUGCGAGGUGUCCUGCAGCGCCUUCGUGGAGUUUGUGAAGAUGUGUGGAGACAGACUGACGCAGCUAUCCAUCAUGGAGGAGGUACUGGUUCCAGAUCACCGCUAUGGGCUGGAUGAUAUCCACUGGGAGGUGUCAAAGCAUUUAGGUCGCGUCUGGUUCCCAGACAUGAUGCCUACCUGGUAGAGCUCCGGGAGAAGAUUUAAGUUGUGUCGAGGUUUUUGUGAGUGAAUGAGUGCGUGUGUGUGUGUGUGUGUCAUUUGGAGACCUACGUUUUUUCCCUCAUCUUUCUCCUGUUUUUAAGAAAGACCCUUACUCUAUGUUUGUUUUUUUCCUUGAUACAUGAAGAAAUUAUUUUUCGGUUUGAUGUGAUGAUGUGAAAUGUAUGACUUGUAACAUAUCGUUCCAUGUAUGCAAUUUUUUAAAAUGUAUAUGUAUAUUUAUAUCUAAAUUGUUUUAUUGUCACUUAUAACAUUUUGUUCCCUUAGCCCUUUCAUUAGAGGCAGACACCACGUAGAUGUUAGGUGUAGAGUUUCAGGAGUAAUCAGGGGUGAGUCACUUUUUCAUGGGAAUUAACAGGAAUGUCUGGGAAUUAUUGGGAAUGAAUGGGAGAUUGUGGGGAUUAUUUCAUGUACACAGUCUGUCUUUAACGCAUUAUGGGCAGCCAUCAAUAUAAACAUUUUGCAAUGUCAUGAAUGGGCAUAAGAAAAACGUGAACCUUGUGAUAGAAAUCAGAAAUUUUACAGUUUAAUUUCAGUAGAGAGUUACAUACUAUACCGAUACAUUGAACAGAUUAUCAUCAUCAUCACACUGAAAGCAAAAUGUCUUUGACUUCAGGCAGUGUGGUAGUUAGAAAAUAAUCUUGACACAUGAUGGUAAAAUGCACAGUACAUGCUUUAGAUGGGGAUGGUCACCAGUAUGUCACCAACAGUCACGUCCUUAACUGUGAUGAAAGGUUUCUGAAUUGAAGCUUGUUAUAGACUGGGUGGUCGAUCACAAGACUGCUCUCAUGAGGAUUAUGUGUUAAAUACGUAGAUUUUAUGUUUGAUUUUGGUAUCCAUCUGCCAUCUGCUCCUGCCUCCUAUCAUCGUGUCUCGUCUAUCUGCCUUUGAAUGCGUUCCUUAGUCACUGCAUCACAUUUGGAAUAAAUAGAGCUGCGUCUUUCUCUGUCUUCAGAUUUGAUAUGGACAAAGCUAAAGACAGUUCCAUCUCCCAUUUUCUACAGCGGCUUUUUGUGAAGGUGUUGCUCCUCAUUUACUGUGGCCAUAAUCAUCGUAGUCUGUAUAUACUGUGUGUACAUAUAGCCUCUAAAAGACUGAUGUGAUGUUUAAACAUAUUUUUGUGUGUAGUGUACAGUAGCUGUAUUUCUGCAUUGUCUGACCCAUGUUCCUAUUGUAAUUGUAAAUAUCAAAGUCUAUUGCAAACGAAAUGGAAGGAGACAUUUCAAUUGUGGGCUUCAUAUAUCUGUACAUUUACUGAAUCCUACAGAUGCACUUUUACUCUAAUGAAGGACUUGCGUUUAGUAAGAUGAGCUGCGUUGUCAGUAGCGCAUGAAAUAAACAGAUUUUGCAGCCAAAUGAUGCUCAAUUUUGGCAGUGGUCAGAAGAUCUGGCACUUCUAUGAGUGACCCUUGGUAGUUAGCUCGCUUUUUAGGUAGUUAUUUUCUAUUCUAACAAACAUUUUAGCAUUUAGGUUCUAAGAACUUAAAUUGGCAGGUGAACUUGUUUAAUUAUUGACAGUACAACCAUUCUCCUACACAGUCAACGGUUUACCUAACAAAGAUAUAUUCUGGCUUAGCAUUUAUAAAACCGAUAAAUGUACUGCAAACUAAGGGGUCACCCAGUGAGGAACUGUCAAAUUGAUUGACAGGUAUUUUAAUACAUGGACAAAAUGAUUAAAAUGCUUGUACAGGGUUGCACAAUUAUGACCAAUUGUGUACUUUUUUUCAAUAUGUUUUUCAGGCUAUCAUACAAAAACAUUUGGCUGGUGUACAACAAGGACACUUUUUACAACUUCAAUUGAUGGUGGUCCUUCAUGUUUAUCUGUUGCUUAAAAACAUUAAGGGCUACAUCAUCCAGGAACUCCAGUGCUUAUUUGGGUGUGGAAACUGUUCUGAUCUAACUGAUCAAAAUAUGAAAAUCACAUCAUCUCAGUGAGGUACUUGUGCAGCCCCGGAGACAAGAUGGUGUAGUAGGUGAAUGUUGAUGUAAUUGAAUGUGCAAGAGGGAAAUAUUUAUGUCUAGCUAUUGUUUUGGUGCAAUUAGGUGAAAGAGUAAUAGUUUGGAAGAUGUGUUGAAAGAUAACGCCAUUGAACUGUGCAAUGAAAGAGACCUGUAAGUCAUGUUGGAUGGACACUUGUUUUACGUUGUUGAUAUUCAUCCUUUUUGGUUUAUUUGUUUGCCAGUGUUAAUUGAAAAAGAAUCACUACUACUUCAGUUGUAGCUCUCUGUUAAGGUCCCACCUUGUCUUAAGUUUAUUAGUUUUCUGAAGGUCAGCCAGGCCUGGCAAUGGACUUUAUAAUUUACUGGCCUACAGUGCAUAUGUUAAUUGUGUAUUUAUAAAAUCAAAUCUGCUGGUUGAUAUCAACUUAUUUGUAUUUGUUGCUUAUAGAUGAUUAUUGCAAUAUUAAAGAAUAGGCUGAAUGAGGGCUGCAGUUUUCCAUAGAGUGAACAGUGACUGUGUUGUUUUUAUUUUAGCUAAACAAGGCCGCAUUGUACUGAGAAGAUUUAUUGGAAAGUAACCUCUUGUACUUUUCCCAAAGAUAUGUAAUAUUUAAGUAGUUCAUAGCCACAUUAAAAAAUGCCUGCUUGAAUAUGUA